CCGGAGUUCAGCGUUCCACACAUAUGGCUGUAUUUGUGUCAGUGUUGAAUAAAGAGACCCAGUGAGUUGAAAACUACAACUAGCACUUCAAUCUUGCGGAAUUAUUCUUCUUCGGAAUUGAUGCGGGACGGUUAAACGCUAACAUGACUCCCCACAAUGUUUUUUAGAGGAAUUUAUUUUCUCUUGUUGACAUUUGAGUCACAGAAGAAGUGUUCCCGCCUGAUGGAUCUCAAACCCGGAAGUAGAGAUGGGAUCUUGGAUUCUUUUCUUUCUUGACUCAACGUGAGGCCGACCAGAGGAUGACAGAAUGGCCGGCUUUACGCCAACGUGACAGCUUGAAUCCAUCCUCUUCUGGGAUUCCGUGGAGGCUGGAGCCUACCCCAGGGACGCUGUGUUCUUCCCAGGACAAAGUAGCACUCUCCUUCCCCGUCGCACCAUGAAGCUCCUCCUGUGCAGCGCCGUGGUCCUGCUCCUAGUGGCGGCAGAGGGAAGUGCAGACACAAGCCCCCUCAGAAGGACCAAGAGGGAGCUGGCGGGGCCGCUCCACACGGGCGGCAUCCGUGACCCGUUUGGCUCGUACUGCCAGAGGAGAGGAGGCUGCUGCCCGGGAAGGGACGACCUUUGCACCGUGCCUUACUUGGACACCAUCUGCUACUGCGACCUCUUCUGCAACCGCACCGUGUCCGACUGCUGCCCCGACUUCUGGGGUCACUGCCUGGGUGUGGCCCCUCCUUUCAUUGGCUCCUGUGAACGAAACGGCAACAGGUUCUUCUCGGGUCAAACCUACAAGGAGAACUGCAACUUGUGCACAUGCGGCACCACGGGACGCUGGGAAUGCGAGCAAAAUGCCUGCCUGAUGGACAGGGACAUGAUCCACGCCGUCAACAGAGGGAAUUAUGGAUGGCGGGCCGCUAACUACACCCAAAUGUAUGGCAUGAACCUGGACGAGGGCAUCCGCUACCGGCUGGGCACGCAGAGACCCUCCAGGAACAUCAUGAACAUGAAUGAGAUCCAGAUGAACAUGGAUUCCCAGGGCGACGUCUUGCCGCUGUCUUUCAACUCGGUGGACAAGUGGCCCGGGAAGAUCCACGAACCGCUGGACCAGGGCAACUGUGCCGCCUCCUGGGCUUUCUCCACGGCUGCCGUGGCAUCUGACAGAAUCUCCAUCCAGUCCAUGGGUCACAUGACUCCUCAGCUGUCGCCGCAGAACCUCAUUUCCUGCGACACGAGGAACCAGGGCGGUUGCGCCGGGGGGCGUGUCGACGGCGCCUGGUGGUAUCUCCGCCGCAGAGGGGUGGUGACAGAGACCUGCUACCCAUACCAGCCCCCCCAGCACACGCCGGCAGAGGUGGCCCGCUGCAUGAUGCAGAGCCGCUCGGUGGGGCGGGGCAAGAGGCAGGCCACCCAGCACUGCCCCAACGCCCACAACUACCACAACGACAUCUACCAGUCCACGCCGCCGUACAGGCUCUCGUCCGACGAAAAGGAGAUCAUGAAGGAGAUUAUGGAUAACGGCCCCGUGCAAGCCAUCAUGGAGGUCCACGAGGAUUUCUUCAUCUACAAGAGCGGCAUCUACAAGCACACGGACGUCAGCUUCACCAAGCCGCCGCAGUACCGCAAACACGGCACGCACUCUGUCAGGAUCACGGGGUGGGGCGAGGACAGGAACCUUGACGGAACCACCAGGAAGUACUGGAUUGCCGCCAACUCCUGGGGGAAGAACUGGGGCGAGGACGGUUACUUCCGCAUCGCCCGCGGGGACAACGAGUGCGAGAUAGAAACGUUUGUGAUUGGCGUGUGGGGCCGCAUCACCAUGGAGGACAUGCACCACCACCACCAUCAUCGUCGCCGCCAUGUUUAGACACCGGGACAGGAACCACCUCACCUCCUCGUCCUCUUCGUCAUCAGUCCCGCAAGGGAACCACACCAGGAGCCUCAGAACUUUUAAACCAACCUCAGCAAACAGGAAGUGUGUGGGAGGAGCUUAAAUCCAACCCAUUUCCUGUCUCUUCACACCAAAAGAACGAAGCUCAAGCCAUGUGAGGCGCCUCAGGUACCGAACCAAAGAUUCCCCAGCGGUCCUCAGCUUCACCAUGGAACCCCCACCAGCACCCAUUUGAUGUUCUUCAUCCUUCCUGUCCUUUCCAAAACCACUAAGAGCAGUUUGGGGGAAAGAGGGAAUCUGACACAGGGACACGCCCGGUCCUUCCCUGGAACACGACCGUGGUGGUCUAGUAUUGACUUCAGGACAAAAGUGUAGAAGAAGAAGCUGCAGGCAGUACACACUCAUUACUUCUGCCGUCUCUGUAUCCAAUAUAGUACAGAGGGAACCCGCUUAUGUGUCUGCAACCCCUUGGUAUUGAGAGCCCUGUGUCGGGAACCCCUCGAUGUCGACAACCCCUCUAAACAAUCCCCUUAUGUUGACAACACCUUGUGUUGACUACCCCUCGAUGUCGACAACCCAUCUGUAUUGACAGCCUCGUGUCGGGAACGCCUCGAUGUUGACAACCCCUCUAAACAAUCCCCUUAUGUUGACAACUCCUCUGUAUUGACAGUCCCGUGUCGGGAACCCCUUGAUGUCGACAACCCCUCUAAACAAUCCCCUUAUGUUGACAACACCUCGUGUUAACUACCCCUCAAUGUCGACAGCCUCGUGUCGGGAACCCCUCUAUGUUGACAACCCCUCUAAACAAUCCCCUUAUGUUGACAAUACCUUGCCCCAACUACCCCUCGAUGUCGACAACCUCUCUGUAUUGACAGUCCCGUGUCGGGAACCCCUCGAUGUCGACAACCCCUCUAAACAGUCCCCUUAUGUUGACAACACCUUGUGUUGACUACCCCUUGAUGUUGACAACUCCUCUGUAUUGACAGUCCCGUGUCGGGAACCCCUCGAUGUUGACAACCCCUCUAAACAUUCUCCUUAUGUUGACAACACUUGGUGUUACCUACCCCUCGAUGUUGACAAUCCCUCGAUGUUGACAAACCUUCUGUAUCGACAGCCCAGUGUCGGGAACCCUUCGAUGUCUACUACCCCUCGAUGUUGACAACCCCUCUAUGUUGACAACCCCUCUAAACAAUCCCCUUAUGUUGACAACUCCUUGUGUUGACUACCCCUCGAUGUCGACAACCCCUCUGUAUCGACAGCCCCGUGUCGGGAACCCCUCGAUGUUGACAACCCCUCUAAACAAUCCCCUUAUGUUGACAACUCCUUGUGUUGACUACCCCUCUAUGUUGACAAUCCCAUGAUGUCGACAACCCCUCUCUAUUCACAGUCCCGUGUCGGGAACCCAUCAAUGUCGACAACCCCUCAAUGUCGACAACUCCUCUGUAUUGACAGCCCCGUGUCGGGAACCCAUUGAUGUUGACAACCCC